AUGAGAGCAGGUUUGCUGUUCCUUCAACUUGGCACAAGUUUUGCACUGGCAUUUCAGCCCGUCAAACGCCCCUUGUCUCAACCAAAUCAAAGCAAAUGGCGUCUGGAAGCCAAAUCGGAUUCAGUCUAUGACGCUGGUCAGAUUACAGUUUUGGACGGUCUUGAGCCAGUAAGAAAACGUCCUGGGAUGUAUAUUGGAUCUACAGGUCCUGAUGGUUUGCAUCAUCUAGUUUGGGAGGUAGUCGACAAUAGUGUGGAUGAGGCACUGGCGGGACAUGCCACCUUUAUUAGUACCAGCAUAAACCCUGAUGGCUCUUGUACGAUUAUUGACGAUGGUCGAGGUAUUCCAACAGAUGUACAUCCAAAAACAGGAGUUUCGGCACUGGAAACAGUCCUAACGGUUUUGCAUGCUGGUGGGAAAUUUGAAAAUCAAGGCGGGAAAGGUGGAUACAAGGUUAGCGGUGGAUUGCAUGGGGUCGGUAUUUCCGUCGUCAAUGCCUUGUCGGAGACAGUCCGCGUGAAAGUAGAUCGAAAGGGGAAAGAAAAUGUUAUGGAUUUUGAGCGUGGGAAACCAAUCACGGCACUCCAAGUGGCAAAGGGGGUUGCAUCUAUAGUAGAUGACCAUAUCCCGCAGCAAUUGGAAGCUCUAAAGUCAAAAAGAGCCGAGAAAGGUGACGAUGACGCCACAGGUGACUUGAAGCAACAACAGAAGCGCUUGCGGCUAUUGCAAAAUUUGCAGAAAAAUAGAAAAACGGGAACGACAGUGACGUUUCUUCCCGACAUUGAAGUGUUUAAGGGUGAAAAGGGGACACCCGAUGUUAGAUUUGAUCCAUCACGGCUCAAGCCCCGCAUGGAUGAGAUAGCUUAUUUAAAUCCAGGACUUCUCCUCGCAUUGAAAGACUGCCGGGGUACCAGUCCAACUGUCCAAGUGUUUUAUCAUGCCGGCGGAUUAUCGGAGUACAUUUCCCGGCUAUGCCAGUCCAAGACCCCCCUUUUCUCCACAGCGAAAGCAUUCAAGUCUAAACAGAAAACAUUUGAGGGUCUCCUUUCGGAAGAUGGAUUUACAAUAUUGUGCUCAGGAUCCGAUGAGGCAACAGAUGUAGCCAUUUCGAUUGCAUUGCGAUGGUCCAGUGAUAUGUAUACGGAAUCAAUUCUUUCCUUCUGUAAUAACAUUAGAACAAGAGAUGGUGGAUCACAUGUGGAAGGUUUAAAAAUGUGUUUGACAAGAACGAUCAAUCAAUUGAGCAAGAAGCUAGGAGUGGCCAAGGAAGGAAGUGGCAACAUGCCAGGAGAGUUUGUGCGCGAAGGAUUGACUGCUGUCGUUUCAGUAUCAGUUCCUGAUCCGGAAUUUGAAGGACAAACAAAGGGACGGCUUGGUAAUCCAGAAGUGCGACCGGCAGUAGACGCUAUGGUGUCAAAAGAGUUAACACGACUUUUUGAAUUUCGCCCUGAUUUACUCGAGACCAUAUACUCAAAGGCUAGUGCAGCGCAGGCAGCAGCCAGUGCUGCUAAAGCUGCUCGGGACUUGGUCAGGCGAAAGUCCUUGUUGACAUCAACGGUCCUCCCCGGAAAGCUGGCAGAUUGUUCGUCUCGAGAUGCUGAAGAGUCGGAGAUAUUUAUUGUGGAAGGAGAUUCCGCUGCAGGAAGCGCAAAACAAGGUCGGGAUCGUCGGACACAAGCUAUUUUGCCGCUACGAGGAAAGAUCUUGAAUAUUGAAAGAGCUGCAGCAGAAAAAAUAUACCAGAACACUGAAUUGCAAGGUCUGAUUAGUGCUCUAGGUCUUGGAGUCAAAGGAUCCGACUUUGACUCGAAGUCGCUUCGAGAGAACUUAUCGAACGAGGUCACGUGUAUAUUGCGCAACCGCCACUGUACAAGGUUUCAAGUGGCUCUGGCCGUGCAAGGAAAGAGUUUUACGCUUUUGAUGAUGAACAAAAGGAUAUCAUCAUUUCCAAGAUGGCUGGCAUAG